UCUUCAACCGGCAUCAUGAUCUCUUUCAGCAGCGAGCUCAACAGUCAACAGUCAACAGUGAACACACUUCUUCUUCUCUUUAGAUCCUCAAGAAAAACCCUAAUUUUUCCCUCCAAACCCCUCAAGAUCCCAUCUUUUCUCUUCACCGCUCCUAAAUUUCCAAACUUUCGCCGUACCCACUUCUCCAAAUGCCCUCAAAGCCCUAAGAUUUCAAAAGCAGAUGAAGAAAUGGACCGGUGGAACCCUGAUCCUGAUCCUCACCCUCACCCUCUUCCUCCGCUACUCUCUCCCCCCUUCCCUCCCCCUCCCCAAGAUCAAAGCCCUAGUCCCCAGCUCACCUCCUCUCCCUGGCCUCAGUGAGCUCAUCACCCCCAAGUUCACCCACCACCUGACCCCUAACCCUAAUCUCAUCUGGCCCCACAUUCUUCCUCUACUGUCUAGGCCCGAUGCACUCCCCGCAACCGCUGACGCGGUCAAAGAGGCCUCCAUUGCGUGGAGAGACCUUAUGGCAUCCGUCAGAGCUGGAAAGGAUGCAGAUUUGAGCCCGGAGAAGGGAAAAGCUUGCCCUUUUUCAGUGCGUGGGAAUGGGAGUGGGGUCGAGAUCCCGUGUGGGUUGGUGCAGGAUUCGGCGGUGACCGUGGUGGGAGUGCCCGUUGUUGCGAGGAAUGGGAGCAGUAGGUUUGGGUUCGAGCUUGUUGGCGGGGGCAAUGACGUGGUGGUUAGGGUUAAUGUGAGCAUUGAAGGGGAUGGGGUGGUUAUUGGUCAGAGCUCGAAGAGGGCGGAGAGUGGUUGGGGAGAGUGGGAAAUGUGCCCGGUGCACGGAGUGUCUGCCAAUAGUAGCAUUCUCAAAGUUGAUGGUCUCAUUAUCUGCAAUGAGCAGUUGGGUAAGGGUGUCGUUCAAGAGAAUCUAAAUGGCAGUUCAACUGAUAACAAGAAGCCUAUGGAGUCAUCAAAAAGGAGUUCUAUAUUGAGUUCCAAUUCCCCAUUUGUUGAAGGGCAUCCCUUCGCCACCACGUUGUGGGCUGGGAUAGAAGGAUUCCACAUGACAGUUAAUGGGAGGCACACGACUUCCUACUUUUAUCGGGAUAGGCUUGAGCCUUGGUUAGUUAACAAAAUAAGGGUGGAAGGAGAUCUGGAUCUCAUGUCAAUCCUUGUGACUGGCCUGCCGGCAUCUGAGGAUCUUGAUUUAAAUGGCGAUGUUCAGAGUCUAAAGGCUCCUCUGCUUCCUAAGAAAAGGUUGUUAAUGCUUGUUGGGAUUUCCUCAGCUGCGAAUAAUUUUGAUCGACGGAUGGCAUUGAGGAGGUCAUGGAUGCAGUACGAAGCAGUUCGCUCGGGGGAUGUUGCUGUUCGUUUCCUCACUGGUCUUCACAAGAAUAAGCAAGUCAAUUUGGAAGUGUGGGAAGAAGCUCAGAUUUACGGUGACAUCCAGCUGAUGCCUUUUGUUGACUACUACAGCUUGAUCACUUUGAAGACAGUAGCUGUUUGCAUUCUUGGGACCAAGGUUAUCCCAGCCAAGUAUAUUAUGAAAACAGACGAUGAUGCUUUUGUCAGGAUUGAUGAAGUACUGUCUAGUCUCAAGAAAAGUGCUCCCAAAGGGCUUUUAUACGGUCUCAUCGCCUUUGAAUCAUCCCCUGAUAGAGAUAAUGAUAGCAAAUGGUUCGUCAGCCAAGAGGAAUGGCCACAUGAUAUGUAUCCCCCUUGGGCUCAUGGCCCUGGAUACAUCAUCUCGAGAGACAUUGCUAAGUUUAUUGUUCAAGGACACCGAGAACGAAAUCUUAAGUUGUUCAAACUAGAAGAUGUGGCAAUGGCAUUUGUGCAUUCAUAGGAAUACAAGAAGAGCGAGUUCAAGAGGUUAACUACAGUGAAUGAUGAUCGAUUCAAUAACGUGGGUGCUGAAUCAGAUUUAUGUGCUGGCUCAUAUAGGCCUAGGGUUGCUCUGCUAGCGCUUUGGGAGAAACUUCAGAGAGAGCAAGAGGCCAUCAUGUGUUGA